UCUGAUUUCUGUUUUCCGAAGCGAGGAUAUAGGGAAAAUGAAAUUAUUUCCGUUGUCCGUCGGCUAUUUCCUGUUGUUGUUUGCCAAGGCCCGCCAAAGGGACUAAGUCGAAUUUGCCGCUGACCAGUCGCGGAAUACGUGAAAUGUGAACUGCAAACUAAAAGUUGGCAGAGUUGGCAGUGAGUCAUGUGGGCGAUUACCGCCGUGUAAAACGAAAAAAUCCUUGCACUAUAAUCCAUCAGUAACUGCAGAAACCCAAGGCCUUGUUUUAUCAGUCCGGUAUGGAAGGCAACGGGGACUUAAUGAAAAUGCUAAUGCAUGCUGACCAUCCAGACGAAAAUAUUCAAGGACCCAUGGAGGACACCGCGAUGGUACAAACGGGGGCAUACCCACAGACAGGCAUGCCAUUUGGUGCAGGCCACUAUGCAAGCAUGCAGCAACAGUUACCCACAAUGAGUCCCCAGCGACAACAACAACAACAGCGGAGUUCUGGUUAUCCUACCAUUACUCCAGGCCAGAUGAGAAGUCCAAACAAUGGAAUGAUGCAGCCCGACAUGGAUUUAGUGCUGCACCAGCAGCAGUAUCAGCAGCAGCCCCAACAGUACGGCAAUGGUAACUACCAAGGCUACAAUGGUGGCUACCAGGGACCUAGACCCGUGUCCUCCCAAACGCAUUCCCAAACCAUGAGUCCAUACCAGACAGGUUUUCCAUCAGAGACUGUGUACCCUCCAGGAGCCAGUGGUAGCCAGACUAUGGGAGAGUUUGGUCCUCAGGCAGGUCCUAAUCAAUCCUUGGGAAUGGCUGGUCCAGCUUCGUUAAGUCUGGCCGCCAUGAGUAACAGGCAGCAGUACUAUUCUGAUGGCUAUGGAAUGAAUCAGCCUGUGUCUCCAGUGCACAAGCAGAUGCCACAGGGAGGGGGAUUUCUACAGCCAUCUGGAUUGCCCUACUCUCAACAGGUCCCAACGUAUCACUCCGGUUCAUACCCUAAAAGGCCGCCGUCCUCACCAGUGCAAACUCAGAUGCAGGGGUUUAGUUCUGGCGGAUCAUCUUAUGCACCCAGAUCAAAUGCAGGAAUGCAAAUGCCUAACAUGCCAUAUCAGUCCUCCACCAACCCAUACCAGCCUCCGCAUUCUCCAAGUAGAAGGUCCUCCUCCACAUCUCCAGUGCCACAACAAGACCCAGGACUGUACAGCAGACCUCAUGAACCCUUUCCACAGCCGAGGUCUCCAUUUGGUCCAAGUCAGGCACAUUUCCAGCAACAACAGCUACAGCAGCAAAGUUCCUGCAUGUUUGUUCAGCCCAGCACGACUUUGCCACAGUCACACUAUCAGUCACAGCAACUGAUGGGUGGCACCAAGACUGGAGGCCUAACCCAGCGCCGAGCAUCGUACCCCGGACAACAGAACACACUAAAGAUGCCUUCCCCUCCUCUCAAGAGAUCUCCUCCAUCUAAGGCACCUUCACCAAACCCCAAAAGCCCAGAUGCCACAAGGGCAGGCCAGCUUGGAUUCGAAGAGAGAGGUUCCACCAAAAAACCUGUGGCAAAGAAAGAGAAGGCUUCUUCUCCGCGAAGCAGUGAUCCCAGUGAGGGAAUUUUGGAAACAACAGGAACCGUGUCAAAUGCUGUACAGUGUUCGUUUAAACAGAAACCAACUGCUUCAAAGAAAGUGGGUGAAGGCCAGAAAGGUGUACCUCGCCAGAGAAGAAGCGCCUCCGAUGCUGACCGCCCAUCUGUGUCACCUCCGACCAUUAAAAAGGACUGCACAGAUGGAAAUAAAAGUAAGACAGAAGAAAAAACGAGAGACAAAAGAGAUGCCUUCAAAAACGUCGAAGGGCUGGAUAAGGCCGAAACGGCGGAAAGGAAAUCUAACGAGCAAAAUGGGUCAAAUAGAAUCACGAAGACAGAGGCUUUAAGGCGGCAAGGUGGUCAGGAAGAGAUAAGUUUGCAGAGUUCAUCGGUCAGUAAGGAGGAUGAAUCUUGUGGCAAUGUUGGGGAGGAUCAAAGCCUAAGUGAAGUGAACAGGACAAAGCCAGAUAAAGGAGUAGGAGAAGACACAACCUCAAAGGCUUCACUGCUGAUUGCAAAUAUCAGUGAAGAGCGUAAAGAAAGUGAAACUGUCACGGCGGAAACUGGCGAAUCAGACAGUAAUGUUAAAGAUGCAAUCCGAGAGUCUGACAAAAGUAACGCUUCUCCGACUAAGAAAGUGGAAUCCAACGUAAAAGACGAGGUUUUGGCUAGCGAAGCCACUGAAAAAGUUAAAGAAACGUUAUGUGAAGGCAGCGACAUUUCUAGUGGUAAAAAUGUUUAUUGUAAAGAAGGCGAAUCGAGCAGUAAAGUGGAACACCAAAGAGUUAAUAAGGAAAGUGAAGCUGCCAAUCCAGAAAAGAAUGUCAAAGCUGAUGAUAAAAGUCAAAGAACUGGUGCAGAGACAACUAGAACCUCUAGUGUAACUGAUAAAGCUGAGGACAAAACAAAUAAAGCUGAUAGUAAAACUGGCGAAACUAUUGACACCUUUGGCGAAUUAGAUAGCAAAUCUGCGCAAAACGUCUCGGAACUAGGAACCACCAGUCAACUAAGCGAUGAAGCCGUUGAUUCGUCAAUCAAUGCCGGUAGAGAGACUGGAAAAUUAGACAAAACGGGAGAGGAAACGAAUCGUGAUACCCCUGCUGCGGAUGUUGAUAACACGAAUACUGUCGGUGAAGAUAAGGAAAGGGACCUUGACGAUAAGACAAAUAAAAUUACAACCAAAGAUACUGAGGAACCUGAAAAGCUUAAAGAAUUGGUCAGCAAAGAGAAGGUAUUAGCAGAGAAAGAUGAAGCAAGCAACAAAGCAGAUGCUUGCGAAGGAAGCGGUGAGGCUAAGGAGGAACUACCCUCUAAGAGUAGUGAUGCUGAACAAGCUGUGAAAGUCCAGAAGAAGGAAGGCAAACCGGCUGUGCCUUCUUUGAGAUGUGAGGAACGCUUGUCGUCAGAUGAUGAUGACCGCCUGCUACAUAAGACUCCAGAGAAAUCAGAAAGCGGCAGCGCUCCUGUGGUCGAGAAUAGAACGCUGGGAAUUCAGACAGUACAGCAGCCCACAGCCACAGCUCGCACCACCCAACAACAGGCGGCUCCCAUCAAGGCUACCAUCAUCGCCAAGGGCAAGUCUUCUCAGAACAAUCAGCAGGUCAUGGUGGCCAAGACCACGUCUGGACAGAUGUACCUCAUCCAAGGCAACAUUUUGGUGCCGGUGCAGACGGUCAGCUCCAAAGAUGACGCAUCCAAGCAGAAUCCCCAGUUGAUUAUUGUGAACCCGGUGAAAACAGGUUCGGGUCAGCAAGGGGCGAACAAACAACUAGCAGCUGCAACUAAGGGAGAUGAUGGAAACGAGGCAUCUAAAGAAAGGAAAGACGAACGAGUUCAGACUGGAAAUUCCCAAGGCAGUCGAGACGACAAGGCAUCAAAAUCAAUAGUUUCAGUCAAGGAAAAGGCCGACACUGAAAGCCCUUCUGGUAAUAAGAAGAGCCACGAAACUGUUCAAAAGCCGGAACGUCCGCCCAAUAGCAAAAUGACUGUUAAGAUUGAGAAAUUACCGACUUCGAAAGUUUCUAAAAUGUCACCGACACAGGCUGAAAAAAGCGACAUCACAGCUGCAAAAGAGAAACAAAAUAACAACUCCGAAUCUCCUCGAGGAAAACACGAUCCAGACUCGAAAACUCCCAAUAAACACGAAGAAAAGUCUUCUCCAUCAGAACAGACAAAUCAAGGGUCAACACCAAAGUUGCCACGCGGCCGGCCCGUAGGAAGCAAAGACAAACAAAAGCGAAAAUCAUACGUUCAUAAAGUGAAGCGAAAGCAAGAUGAAAUGGAAAUUGAAGAAUUGAACGCGCAGGAACUCGCGGCGAAACGUAAAUUUUCAAAAACUGCCGUCGCUGUUCAAGAAAUGUCCUCGUCUGGCGCAUCUUCGGCUGCGUCCAAACGACCUCUGGAAGUUCCAACGGUGAGUGCGAGUAAAUCUCCGAAGAAACGUAAAGUGUCCACGUCGAGUUCACCGGUGAAACACAUCUCAACCAGACCUCGUGGCGGCAUCGAUGGCGACUCUUGGGUGUGUUCCCUCUGCGGUAAGGGAAGCGGUUAUAACUUGUUAGGCGAUCUCUACGGACCUUACAAAACAAAAUUCUCUAAAGAGAAAACCGACAGUACUUCGAAGGAAGGCAAACAGUCGCAGAAAUUGUCCUCACCUGGUCGGAAGUCGAGCUCGAGCUCAGACGUGCAAUUGGAUGGUGAAACCUGCGACGUAGACUUGUGGAUUCAUCGAGAUUGCGGAGUUUGGUCGCCGGGUGUCUUCAUGCUUGGAAGAACCAUCCAUGGUUUGGAGCAAGCUGUGGAAAGUGCGGCACAACACAAAUGCACCAAGUGUUCUGAACUCGGGGCUACCCUGGCCUGCUUCAAACGAGGUUGUAAUAAAAUGUUCCACUACGCUUGCGCCAGAGAUUCAGGUUGUUCAUUCAUCGAGGACAAUUUUACGAUAUUCUGCUCAACGCAUAAGUAACGACGCCAAGUCCAGAUCUUGCAGUGCUCUUCUAUUGCGCUCUUCUGCUGUCAUCUCCUGCAAUUUGUCUUAAACUAUUGAGCUCUAAAUUUGAAGUCUGCCAUCGAGCUGUACUUCUUGUUGUAAAGGAAGCGAGCUGCUUUCUCAGCUGUAAUCCCUAUUCCCCGUUGUGUUUAGCGCAGUGAGGCUUAAGUUGUUGUUAGGUCUGCAAUGUUUAGUUUCGUUUCCGUUUCGCGAAAUUUAGACUUUUCAUUUGUUGGGCUUUUUUCUUUAUUUCAGUGGUCGAUUUUCUCACAAAGCCUCGUUAUAAUCCCUUGAGUGAGCAGCAUCCGGUAUCUGAAUAUUUAACCCUUUGAUAGAGUUGAAAAACGUAGCAAUAUGUUGUCUUUACACCCGCUUUUAGUGUCACGUGCAUAGGCGACAUCUUUCGACCAUCUCUGGACAUGCCAUCUUUCGACAUGCUAUGUAAACGACUGAAAGACCGUUUAACUGUGAAACUGGCACUUUUUUCGGUUAUUAGCGGUACAAAUGACAAAUAAAUGAUAAUUACCAACCUCAAAUGAAGGAAGAAGAUUGUCGACGUUGCAUGUCUCCCGAUUUACGGGAUAAUUCAAACGAUUUUAGUGUGGUCGAUUUUAGUGUAGAUUGGUUCUCAGUGGCGACUUCUGAUAGAAUUGGGCCGCUACCGCUCAGUUCGAAAGAUAUAAACAUUCAAAACAGUCGAUUUAUCCCUCACAGAAUGUUUUCUUGAUACUCCUAGCCUUAGUUUGAUGUCAA